GCGUUGUUUUGGGAUUACAUCACAACAUCGUCAGAGCAGGCAAGAAGAGCGCUGUCAGUCUGAGGUGCUUUCUCACAGUUUGACAAGACUCUGCAAGAACCACAUCACCAAGAAACGAAACACCAGAGCCCCAUUGACUGGUUGGCAAACGAAACAGGACAACCUACUGCGGGACGACAAACUAGCAUCAUGACACAGGGCAAGUUAUCACUUGCAAACAAGUCCAGUGACUCGUCCAGUGGACAAGCUUUAGGGACACCAUCUCCUCCCAGCUAUGAGGAAGCCACUGCGGGCACCAGUGCUCCUUGCUACAAUGAUGCUGAGAUGCUCACAGAGUUCACCUGGGAUGAUCGCAACAUCAGGAGGGUCUUCAUUCGAAAGGUGUAUGCCAUCUUGAUGAUCCAGCUUUUGGUAACUCUAGCUAUCGUUGCUCUUUUCACAUUCUGUGACCCUGUGAAGGACUACAUUCAGACCAACCCUGGGUGGUACUGGGCCUCUUACGCUGUGUUCUUUGUGACAUAUCUGACCCUAUCUUGCUGCUCUACACCAAGGAGACAGUUUCCAUGGAAUCUGAUUCUGCUUGCCAUCUUUACCCUGUCACUCUCCUACAUGACGGGAAUGUUGUCCAGCUUCUAUAACACCAAGUCAGUGGUGAUGUGUCUGGGCAUCACAGCAGCAGUCUGUCUCCUGGUCACAGUCUUCAGCUUCCAAACUAAGUUUGACGUGACAUCAUACCAAGGCGUGCUCUUUGUCUUCUGCAUGGUCAUGUUCCUCUCUGGACUGGUGCUGGCCUUCGUCCUUCCCUUUCAAUAUGUACCCUGGUUAGAUGGCAUCUUCGCUGCCCUGGGAGCCAUACUGUUUACCAUGUUUUUGGCUUUUGACACCCAGCUCCUCAUGGGGAAUAAGCGCUACACCAUGAGUCCAGAGGAAUACGUCUUUGCCACUCUCAACAUCUACCUAGACAUCAUCUACAUCUUCUCCUUCUUCCUCCAAAUCUUUGGAACAAAACGAGAGUAAACCAUCGCCCCAUCUCUUCCUUCAGUCAAGGGAUGCACCAGUAUGGCGAUUUAGGCAGGCAUGAGAAUGGUCUUAGAAUUUUGGUGAUUGUGAUGACAGUGCUUCCAAAUGCAACAGUUUUACUUUUUCUUGUACAGCUAUACGUGUAAAAAGAUGUAUGUGGAUAUUCACAUCCAAAAUGUGAAUAACAACCUCUCCAUCUUCUCAAGCAUGCUGUGAACCCACACCAUUCACUUUGCCAGCUGGAAACAUUCUGUGAUUGUCCUCCAUUUAAAGCAGACAAAAUGUCCUGUGAGUGUCCAUCUGAAGCUGUACAGGUGUAUUUAUAUCCACGCCUGCCAAGAUAUCACAAAUCUUCUGCGAACAAUAGAUGUCAAAAGGUAGUAGAACUGUAAUACAUUAUGCAUGAUUUUAAAAAGCCCUAGCUAUGCCAAGUACAGUCAUCCUAUCAUUCAACUAUUGCUGUGGGUGUUGAUUUAGUGAUUGAAAGCACAAAUGUCAUUUUAACAAGGCUUCUAAGACUGAAAGACUUUUCCUGUGUUUUCAAUCAUAUGCAGCAUCGUCUCAAUACUGUGAAUCACAAAAACUACUUUGACAGUCAGUGACAUGUUUUCUGGCUUUUGAAUGACAAUCUGAAAAAGUUACUUCCUGGCUUUAAGAUGUUGAUACUCAUCUCCACCUUGAUUCGUUAUUCAUAUUCAUUGUAUACUGAUCAUGUGUACAUGUUGGUUUUUGCUCCAUUUAACUAUGAAGCUGUUAUUCAUUGCCAUGAAACUGUGGCAAUGUUUCUUAUUAGUGUGUCAUUUCAUAUGUGUAUUUGAACCUGGAAUCUUUUUUAGGAAGAUUUUUUCAUGAAAGAUAUUUAAGAUUGAAGAUGUUUGAUUGUUGGAGUUAUAGUUUUUGGUCUUAAUAUUAUUGAAAUGUAUUUCCUCAUUUUGAAGUGGUUACAUGUGAUUUAAAUAUAACCAUGGCAGUGCCAUACAUGCAUGCAUUUACUGUCACUUUUGAUAAGGCCUACAUUUGUGGAUGGGCUUGAAUGCUAUAUUCCAUGACAUUUGAAUUUUAUUUUUUUAUGACAGCGUGAUAUAUUUCAGAAAGUGUGAUAAAAAAAAUGGUGAGUUUGAGGCUUAAAAUGAACUUAUUUGUCUUCUAAAGUGCCCUUGAAGUACCUUGACGAUGUGCAGUGUAUUAUUAUAAGAGCACCCUGCAUUCCACCGUAGCAUUGGUGUAACUGUAUUAAUUGAUUAAAUGGUGAAUGUGUAUAAAUACAAUCACUGGUUCUCUCUGAUUUAAUAAAAAGUAAUAUUCAACACCUCCUCA